AUGGCAGAAAUAAUCCCUACAAUCUCUCAAGUAAAAUCAGAAGCAUUGGAAAUUUUCCAGAAAGAAUUCGGGAAGGAUGCUGAUGUUUGUGUCUUUGCACCAGGAAGAGUUAAUUUGAUUGGCGAGCAUACUGAUUAUAAUGAAGGUUUUGUUCUUCCAAUGGCACUGCCAAUGGUAACGAUGAUUGUUGGUAAGCUCAACGGCAAGUCGACUUGUACAAUAGUUUCAACGAGUAAAUCAAUAACUACAAUCAGUAAAAUUGAGUUUGAAGUCAGUGAUCGCAGUAAAGUAGUACCCGGCGAACCAAAAUGGGCCAAUUAUGUAAAAGGUUGCAUUGCUUUUUUCCCAGCUGAUGUAUCCGGAUUCGAUGCUGUGAUAGUUUCAACAGUGCCAAUGGGAUCUGGAUUGAGCAGUUCAGCAGCUCUAGAAGUUGCUACUUACACAUUUAUAGAAGCUCUGACAGGAGUUGAGUGCAAAGACCUACGAGACAAAGCUUUGAUUUGUCAGAAAGCCGAACAUCAAUUCGCAAAUGUUCCUUGCGGAAUAAUGGAUCAAUUUAUUUCGGUGAUGGGCCAGCAAGGUCACGCGUUGUUGCUGGACUGUCGCGACCUUUCAGUCACUCAGAUUCCCAUGGAUGGGAUUGAUAAUUACGCGUUUUUGAUUACAAACUCCAAUGCGCCACAUAAAUUAUCCUCAAGUGCCUUCCAGGAGCGCAGAGAUGCUUUUAGUCAUGUUAUUAAUGAGAAUUCACGUACGUUAGCAGCAACCGCGGCGUUUAAAGCCGGUGAUUACGUUAAAGUCGGGGAAUUAAUGAACGAAAGUCACGACUCACUGCGUGACAAUUAUGAAGUGUCCUCUAAUGAACUUGACACGCUGGUUAAUACUGCAAGAAAAGUAGCUGGUGUUCUGGGAAGUCGGCUCACUGGUGCUGGUUUUGGUGGUUGUACUAUUACGUUUUUGAAAAAGGACUCUGUUGAUCUUGUUAUCAAAGCUAUCAAUGAGUCGUACUCGGGAACUGCGUCAUUCUACAUUGCUACUCCAUCAGAAGGAGCCAGAAAACUGGAUUGUAAAUAA